GUACAAUAUAGUAUCUCCAGACCGCGUCAACGUAUAGUGUAAAAGAGGGACCGCUGGGAAUUCACGCCCACUUUGAAAAAAAAUAUCAAAAUCUAUUUUUUCCGGAUCGAUACCCAGCGAGAGCGACGUCAACUUUCGUUAUGUCUGCGGAACGGUACCUGGUUGGAUUUUCGGAAGCCCUCGACUGGCGUCCCAUGCACUUUGUAGAUCUCCCUGCUGUCUCAGCAUGUUCUUUGUGCGGGAUGGUCCCCAAAGAAACCUUCGUGUUGGAAUGUCUACACUCACUUUGUCCGCAAUGUUAUCAAGGCGUGUGUAGGCGUGACCGUCGAUGUCCGAUAGACGAUGAAACUUUUCAACAAAGUGAAGUGCGAAGUGUGACUCUGAAAGCGACGCUCGUUCAGAAACUAAAAGUCGGGUGUCCCAACUCGAAACAAGGGUGUGAUUUUGUUGGAUCAGUGGAAAGAAUGCAGUGUCACUUUCUGCAGGACUGUGGUUAUCAUGUCACCAUUUGCAAAACGUGCGGCGAUAGAGUACUUGGAAGUGAUAUGGUACGGCAUUUCAAGGAAGAGUGCAGGACGCAAUGCACCUCUCGUCGCGGUUUGACUGGCGGAAGCAUCUUCGAAUUGAUAAAACAUAUCAAAACGUCCAUCGGAGGUAUCUCUGACAGACUACAUGCCAUUGAAGAUCAGCAGUGCAGUCACAUGAAUGCAAUAGACACUACUAAAGAAUGUGUUGCAGCUAACGGGGAAGAAACCCGUAGGUUUGUAGCUAACGUCACGGAACAGUUAGCUGCACUAGAAGAGAAAUGGAACUGUCAGUCAUCUCUAAGUUCUGGUAAGACCCAAGCGGGAGAUGAAUUACUGGCAACCAUUCUUCAACAUCAGGAACGCUUAGCGAACGAUGCGAUGACCCUAAGUGUUCAGCAAAAACAAACUCACGCGGAGACGCUACAGAUCGUCAAGAAUCAUAUUGAACAAAUGCAGAAACGUAUUGAAGAGCUGCCCAUACGUCUCGAAAGCGCAGUGUUGAAUACAUCUGAACGCUCGCUGCUCAAGACAACGGAAAAGCUUAACUACAUGGAAGGAGUGCUACACAUUCUGUCCGGUUCCGGUUCGGCUUUCUUCCACGUAGAAGACUUCGCCGAAACAAAGAAACGCUUGAUGGCACGUGACUCAGAGAGUUUUGUGCUGCACGGAUACUGCGCGAAGCUGCGGAUUGACUUCCAAGUGUCCAACGGUGUGACAUACUUGGGUCUGUACGUAAGGUUUUGUUCCAGUCCGAGAGAUUCACUGCUGAGAUGGCCCGCAAAUGUCUCCAUCUCUUUGACACUGGUGCAUCCGAGGGAUCAAGGCAACAUUGAUGAAACCUUCUCUAUCUUUGUUUCAAUUCCAUCACCAGAUGUCAGCUACGGAAGUCCUAGAUUCGCCAGAGUUGAAGACAUUGAACGACUAGGAUUCAUCCAUGAAGAUGCCAUUACAGUAGCGGCAAAGAUGAGGGAUGGCAAUGCUUCGUAAUCUUAUUGCACACCUUCCACAAGGGAAUACAGCUGUGGUGACAAGGAACGAGAUGAAAAAGUGCGUGUUCCUCUAGUUUUUAUUACCGUACGCUAUCAACAACGUAUCAACAAGCCGAUUUGUUGCCCUUGUCGCUCUUUUCGCUUCCCUUGCCCCGCUGACACUACUAGAUGUCCAUGCUUGUCCGAGAAGGACUGUGUCAUAGGGCGCGGCGGGGCACAUGGUUUGAAUGCGGGAACUUCACUGAGUGAAACUUUCGAGUUUGAUGUAGCACACAGGAUUAGCAAGCAAGCAAGCAAGCAAGCUGGUGUCACGGACUUGAUAUCAGUCCAUGUCUGUGUGAGUGUGUGCCUUUUCUGUGGCUCCUCAUACUGAAGGGGUAUGUUGCCUACACGUCUGGAGUUUGGCUUUCGCAGUGCUGAGUAUCACACCAUAGCUUUACUUUUGGUCUUGUGGUUUUCGUGUCGAAGCGGCACUUGAGCGCAUACUUCAAUUAGCAUAACGAAGUUGGAAGCGUAUUUCGGUAAGAUGUACACCACGCAGUAUUGUACCGUAGACAGGAUGGCACCAAUAUAUUCCUCUGUUUUGUGGCAGACAGGUAUUUUGGACUCAGUUCUGUGAAGGUUUUAUCUCAUGACAGGUAGAUAACGAAAAGUAAAUUACAAGCCCUCCACCUCUAUACAGAAUGCACACGGUAUGUAUAUACAAAGCCCUUUUAGUAUAUUUCCACACAUACUCAGUUUAAAUUAUUUUUGCGUUUUUUGUUCAAUCGAAUGCGAAGAGGUUGAAUCACACCUUGCCAAUGUCCCGUGGUUUGUAUUCAAUCGAUCGUAGCUGAGGCUGCAUUUACAAAAUGUGUUUGCUUCGGCUCUGUCUGAGAGGUUUAGAUUCAGCAUCUGACUUUUCCAUACACGAAUGUUCUGAGCGAACUUUCUGUUAUUUCGGUUGGUUUUUUCACGAUCAGGUAUAUGAUUGUGACAAUAAAGUAAAACAAUGCGAAAAGUCGCUUUGAUCCUUA